AUGGAGUGUCUAGACAUCCCAGUCGACCACAGACUCCUGCACAUAAUCCAGCAUCUGCAAUUUCCGGUGUAUACCGAAACAAGCGACCAUCUUAACAUCUUGAAGGAUUGGGGAGAAUCAUUAACCUGGGAUGGAGCAAGGCUGAAGAAUACGAGAAUCCACCAUGCACUGGAGCUUGCGAAACCCGCGACAAAAGGGGGCGUGCUAGUGGCACUCCUGCAGCCGCAUAGCAGUCAAGAAUUCGACAAGGGCUUCGUGGCAGAUGUACACGAUUGCCGCACGACACGCGCAGUUCGCGACCUGAUUGAGGCGGCGACUGGGGGGCGAAUGGGACUGGACGAUGUCAGCGUGUUCGACACCCUGCCGUACUGUGCUGAUGAUACGCAUGACGCCCGCAUUCUUAAGGAGGCACAGGCUACUUUCAGUAGAAUGGUUAAGGCAAAGAAGCCUGAUGUGGUCCUAUGCUGCUAUCGGGUAGGUCGCUCUGAGACUGAUAAUCCGAUUGUCAGAGGGUUGAGCAGCAGAGGGGUUGGAAAGGUACACGAUGAGCUGGAAUUCACGAUCUAUGACGGGUCGACCACGAAAAGAAUAAACGCAUUCCACCCAAGCUAUGCUGUCAAUUACUAUCCGACGUAUGGCUGUUUUCGUCGGCUUCUCCUGGUGGAGUUUGUGCAGGCUUUCUCGCAUCGUUCAGGGGCAGCGGAAAUCGAGGAAAACUGGAUAAGAGAGCUACGUGAAGAGUGCGCAAGGGUUGUCAAGGACUUAUUGAGAGAAGAACAGGAACGCCGAAAAGAAAAUCUCUACAGGCCUAGAAUCGACGAGGGUCGAUGGGAGAACAUCCUCAAUGAUCUCAACCAAAGUAUAGCAACACUGGGCUAUUUCAAGCGAGCUAUCGGGGUGGAUAAAGUGGUUCGCAGUAACCUGGCCUGGAUUUGCGCAGACGCCUCCCUUUUUCUCACCGAGGUGAUGAGGCACAGGGAAGAGGAACAUGACGCGGCUGAAAGCAUUGGAGUCAGCCUGUUAGAAGGUGUCUUGGAACCCUGGUGCCGGGAGAUAUAUGGAGACAUUGAGCCGAGCAACGAGGAGGACCUGACCGAUUCGCGGGGGUACUUCGAUUCCAGAAGUCUCAUAGUCGCAUCCGAAUUGCCUAGAGGAGGUCUUGCGCGGGAUUUCCACAACCAUGUCUUGGCGUUUCUCCUUGAUCUCAACUUGUCAUUCGAGUAUAAAGAGGGUUCAGGAUGGACAUGGGAAGCUGUUGAGCACAGAAACGCUUUCAGGCGCCUCGCCGCGAAUCUGGAAAGGACUGCCAUGCGACACCAUACUUCUUUAUCUGAAGGCAUGAGGUUGAUGGGAAUCUAG